AUGGGGGUGAUUAAGCUGGGAGAUCCGUACGUCGCGCUCGAAUCUCAGACCCUGCCGGACGGCAAGUCUACUUUCUCCUUCGGUUGCCCGAGUACUUGCACCGAAACACACUUCGAGGAAGAGGAGGUUACAGUCUUCAGCCACUUGCUACACAUGCACGAGAAUGGGCAGCGGAUGUUGACCCGGCAGUAUCGCACCGACAGCGAUGGCAACGAGGUGCUGUUACACACGGCCGACGUCGAGUACUACUCCUUCCUGCAGGCCGGCGCGCACGUGGUUUCCGUCAACGACAGCACCACCAUCAAAAAAGGUGACGUGUUUACAACGGAGUGCUUUUACGACACGUCGUAUUCUUCGGUAGACUCGUCCAACGUCACCUUCGGACUGGGUUCGGAAAACGAAAUGUGCAUCGACUACGUCUUGUACUAUCCGGACCAGAGACUGCCCAACGGCGGUGCAUGCGGCUUAUUAGCAUGCGAUGGCAGCAUAUUGAGCUAUUCAGAAUUGGAAGAGGACUCGGACUUCAACCGUACCUUCGGGGUAGUGGACACUUGUACGUCGAGUGCAAACGGAGAGGAAGGGGACGAAUCCAGCUCGUCGUCACGUGCCACCCUGCACCUUCUUGGACUGUUUGCAGUUUUCACGACCGCGGCGCUCGUGCUUGAGGCCGUCAUCGUGUAG